AUGUCUCCUCAACAAGACAAAGGCAGAAAAGAAAGAACGACGGAAAAAAAUGACGGUUAUAUACGCAUUCUAUAUGGUUAUAUGCACAUUCUACGCGUCUGUGUUGGUUGCAUAACGCUAUUCAUAUUUCAUUUGCCUCUGAUGGGCUCUGUAUUACAACAACCAAAACAAGAAGACGAAGAUACGGCAUCAGCGAACAACGGCGAUAUAGAGUUUGCUACCGUCGGUGCUGGUUGUUUCUGGGGCACGGAGAAAUUCUUUCGCAAGCAGUUCGGAACAAAGUUGAUUUCAGGCUUUGUCGGAUAUAUGGGUGGCUCCUCAAAAGCCCACUAUGAAGAGGUGUGCACUGGGACGACAAAUGAUGCUGAAGUGUUGCAAGUGUCCUUCGACCCCAACAAACUUCAAUACAAGGAUUUAGUUCAUUUCUUCUUCCGCAUACAUGAUCCAACGACUUUGAACAAACAAGGAAACGACCGAGGUACUCAAUAUCGAUCUGUGAUCUUCACUCACACCAAUGAACAGCAGACAAUUGCCGAGGAAGUGCGUAAUCAAGUGCAGGCCAGUGGCAAAGUCAAAGGACAAAUUGUUACUCAAAUUCAACCCGCUGAUGGACUGCAGUUCUACAAGGGUGAACCCGCACAUCAGAGAUAUCUGGAGAAUAAUCCGGGUGGUUACUGCAACCAUAAACUCUACUAUUAA